AUGGAAAUCGGCUCCGCGUACGGUCGCCUGUGGUCGAUACAGCAGCUGUGUCCAUUCGCCGACGCUGGCCUCAACGCGCUCGGCCUCCUCGGCGCCGCCGGCGCCGUCGACGCUCGACCAAUCCUCUCGGACGGCGAUUUCUACGUCCGUCUUCCGCUCUGCCUGCUCACCCUCUUCUACCCUACGCGCAACGCGCUCCUCCUGGCGCACGUGGUGAACCUGGCGGCCUUCUGUGCGUGGACGCCCUUCGUCUGGGACCAUCAGUAUUGGGGUGCCGCGACGGAGGCCACGUUUGUGCUCCUCUCCAUGCGCAGCGAGAGCGACUUUGUGGGCGCCGCUCGCGCACAGACGGCCUCACUCUACCUGGUUGCAGCCUUCUGGAAGCUCACCACCUCGUUCCUCGACUACCGGACCAGCUGCGCGACCGUCCUCGCGCUCGUCGCGCUGCCCAAGCUGCUCCAGGCCGUUGCCUCCUCGGCCGCCGAAACCAUCUUCGUCGCGGCGCCGGCUCUGACCUUGGUGAUAGAGUUCGCCGUCGGCCCUCUCCUCGUGAUGUUCUCCGUCAACUGCAUCGUCCGCUACGGCCUCUUCAUGCCACACCACGUCGCCGCGGCUCUACGGGAGGCCGCGUCGCUGGGGACUUGGACGGCAGUGCACGCCGCCGCCGUCGGCAUCGCCGUGAUUGGGUGCCGCCACCUUCACGGCGGCAUCGACACGCACUUUGUCGCGUGCGUGUGGCUUGCGGUCGUGUACGUGCGCUCGAUGCUGAUGACUUUGGGGCGCGAGCGGCAGGGAGGCGGCGACGCAGGCAGCACCUGGCAGCAGGCGUGGGACAUGAUCGACAGCGCCUGGGUCUUUUGCAGCCGCCACAUCAUCGUCGUCUCCAAGGAUGCGAUGCUGUCCCAGGACCAGCGCCGCCGGCUCAAGGAGAUCGAGGCGGAGGAGAAGGCCGCCCUCCAGCAGGAGACCGCCCUCCCAUCCACCCUCCUGCCACCGACCGGUCCCACGCCCCACACCCCGCCUCCCGCGUCCCGGCAGGUCAAGGCUGGCUUCAGCGCGCGCCGUGUCGCCAUGGGCGCCUCCGCGCCAACCUGGCUCGUCGCUGCGGUGACGGGACUGACGCUGCUGUGGGGCGUGGCGCCGGCCGUGCUCGGCCUGCAAAACAUGUCUGCCCUCACAAUGUACGGGAACGUCAAGCACUGGGGCGGGUCAAACCACCUUCUCGUCCCGACCGGCCUCCUCCACCGCGCCGACGGGGCGGCGGGCGGCCUCGGCUCGCGGCUCUCGCUCGCGCUCGGCAACGACACACUCGUCCGCGUCGAGUCGACCGACUCUCGCCUCCUCGCCAGCCUCUCGCCGGCCGACUCGACGGACCAGCUGCCUCCGCGCGCGAGGCGGCUGAUGCGGGCCGCCGGCGCGUCUGGCCGCUACUUUGGUGCCUACUACAGCCGGAUGUACCACGGAGAGGGGCGCGGCGUGUGGCCGAUCGGGGGCAACAACGAGUCGCCCGCACCCUACGCGCUGACUGCGUACGAGCUCUCCCGCCUCCUUGCCAUGGCGCGCGAGCACGGCGAGCCCUUCUCCGUCCGGCUGACUCUGCUGCCGUUCCGCGCGUCUGCGCCCUCCUCGCCCGCGCAGUGGCGCGACUUUGACGGCCGCCAAGUGAUCUUCUCGGAGGAGCCGGGAGCGAACCGGCGCAGCUGCGCCACUGUCGACGGCUCCCCGUGCAACGCGGCCGAGCAGACGCUGGCGGACGCGCCCGCGCCGCCUCGCUGGCUGCGGCGAUUGCUGAUGCAGUACCCAGUCCCGCUCCUACCGGAUUCGGAGGGCGAGAUCCACUGCAGUGCGUGA